AUGACGGUACCCACCAACCCCGAUGGGGCGGAGGACGUGAAUGACUUCCUGCUGCGCAUCCGGGAACUCGGCGAGCGCCGCGACAAAGAAGAUGAGGAGCGCACGAAGAAGCUGGAAGAGGAGAUUUUGCAAGGCCGCAAGGAGAGGCAGGCCCGCCGAGCUGAGCGAGCCCGAUCGAUUGCCGGAUCACCGACCCUAAAUGCCUCGAGACUCAGUGUCUCCUCCCAUGGUCAGCCCUCGGCCAUCGAUCCUCCUGAGCAGCUGGAGCCGACGGUGCAGACACAGGACCCUGAAACACCGGGCGGGGUGACCCCGAGUCAAGAAUCGGAGACCCUUGCUGGCAAUAAGAGGCGUGGAUCAGUACAGGACACCGAAAUGGAUUCCCCUUCACGAGCGAUGCCAACUCUGUCACGCAGCCGAGCGGGGACUUUGUCGUGGCAGCAGCGCCCGUCCCCGCGGGACUUUGGUAGUCGGUCUCCCGGUGCAACGUCUCCUAAUCGGUCCAGCCAUUUGAGAAACGCGUCCACAGCAUCCGAUGCUAGCGAGUUCUCUCGUGCUCAGAUUACCCAAUCCGCCUCGUCGAAGGAUCCGUCGUGGCUUCACCAAAUCCCAGACCGAGGACUGGGCUCAUCAGUAUUCCGGAGACCGGAAGAACGCUCUGACAGCCAGGCAGAUUUGGGUAUGGGUCGUCGACUGCCGGGGCUGAGUCGUGAGUCCACCGUAGAGCCAGAGAGGGUGGAGGAUGCUGAGGCGAGAUCGCCAUCUCCACCAAGAACUGCUUCUACCGUUGGUGAUAGCAACCUCAGCAACCGAUACUCGAGCGUGUCGUCGGUGUCCCCUGCGACUGGACUUGGGUCUCCAGUCACAUUGUCCGAGGCCCCGAAAUUGGAUCCUACACAAAGUGAGCCGGUCGAAGAUCCUGAGCCGGCAUCCCCGAGCCAGCGACGAUUGUCACCAGAGCGAGCUCGCUCAACAUCGCCCACGAAAGGGCUUGGCGGAUUCGUGCAAAGCGCAAUGAUGAGGCGCUCUGAUAGCGUAUCGAAACGUUGGAGCGCUCAACUCCCACAGGGAUUGAGCCGGAGUAAUUCAAUCAUCUCGAACCGCAGUAGUGUGGCAAGGCCGAACCUCACCACGAGUGUUAGUGACAUGAUCCCCGCAAGUGACACGCAACUUGGGAGUGAUAUUUCCUCACUGCCUCCUACCCACCGACCAAGUUCAAGUCACAGCGAGGCCACCGUCCAACCCCCGGAGUCCACGGCUACCGAGAGACCAACCACACCUUCUGGCCCGAAGACCGAGACGCGUCCUGAAGGCAGCCCAAGCAGACACUCCUAUUACGGCCACGCCAGAUCCACCAGUUCGGUGACAGCGGACAGCAUGGCUGGUGAUACCCCAACAAGCCCUUUCACCUCGAGAACUAUGGAUCCCAAGCGCUGGAGUCCAAGUAAAGCCUCUUGGCUCGAGAGUGCGCUCAACCGUCCUGAGUCUCCACGGACGCAGAAGCAGCCGCCACCACAGCAACCCUCGUGGGUACGGGACCGACAGUCGCGAGGCAGCGUGGAUGCUGGUCGCGUGAAUAACUUCAAAGAAGUCACUCCCAUUGGUUUGAUGCGAACGCCCCCACCAGGUAGUCACUUUAAGAAGCCAAGUCUCUCUGGUGCCUCUCCGGCUUUGGAGGCCCUCGGUGCGCCUAAAGCGAAGGAAACUGUGCCCGGGUCUCCCGAUCCUGCUGCAGCAGACGAUAAGUCUCCGCCUAUGAAGACCAAACCAGUCAUGGAGAAGCCCAAGUUCGGGGACGAACGUAAACUUGGGGAAGAGCUCAGACCCGAGAAGGGGCCCAAGCUCGAGGAGGAACCCAAGGAAGAGGAAGAACCGAAGCAAAGAGGGAGUAAACCCGCUUCCUCUACUGCUCUCCCCGAAGCCUACCCUGCAGAAAUACCAACGGAGCCUGAAAAGACCCCAGAUCCCGAAAUAACUCGCAAAGCCCCAUCGCCCGCGUUAGGUUCGAAGCCGAAUUUCUCUCUUCCCAUACGCGACCCCAUCUCGCCGAGGCCGAGGCCCCAAUCUCCUGUCAUCGAUUUUAGAGCAAACCUGCGCAAACGUGAGGUCGCCAAAGAUGCUGGGCCCGAAUCGCAGCCCGAAUUCAAAAACGUGUUUGGAAAACUCAAAAAGGCCGAGACUCGCAACUAUGUUGCGCCGGACGAGCUUAAGGGUAACAUCCUCCGCGGAAAGGCUGCUCUCAAUGCCACUGGUGGACCGAAGAAAACCCAGCGUGUCGAUGAGCUCAAGGAGAGCAUUUUGAAGCGGAAAGAGGAGAUGAAGGCUGGUGGAGGUACUAUCAGACGCAAUACCGUGGGAGAACAGGAUGCACCGGAGAAGCCUGCUGCUGCCGUACCCGAAGCCAUUGCCAAGCGCCAGCUCAUGGGCAAGACAAACAGCGUCAGGCUAACGGACGAGCAAAUUCCUACCGCUUCCACAGACCUUAGCCCUAUAAAGUCUUCGCCGGAGCAGCCGCUGUCUUCACCUCCCCUCACCGAUGAAGUCAUUUUCACGGAAGAGCAAAAAAUUGUCGCCCCAAUUCCCAAUCCUGAGGCGAGAAGUGUUUACGAUCCGGAGCCAAGUCCGAGCCCCAAGGGCGACCACAAGAAAAUCAUGAAUACUGUGAGCCCGGAGGUUAUGACUGACAUAAGCCCGGUUCGCGAAACAGCUAGUUCUGUUCGUGGUCUGCCAUCCGCGAGGCGGCCAACAGCGAAUGCGCCUGCUGUGAAUCCAUACUCGUCAGUAAAAGGAAAGCUCGCGGGCCGAAUCAACCCUGCACUAGCAGGUCUUCUCUCUCGCGGUCCUCCAGCAGCAGCUGAAGCGCCUAAGAAAGAGCUGACGAUUUCUCCCUCUGGCGAGAGCUCCCCUGCGUCUCCUUCCGCACCGCUUACCCAUGUGACCAAAGGCCGUGCUAGAGGACCUAAGAGGAGGCUACCUACGGAAUCGGCUGCUCCAGCUGCUGUCUCAUCCGCACAGGAUACUACGGAGGUUGGUGCAAUUUUGUCUUCUGAAGUCCCAUCCUUGCGGGCCCCUCCUGAGCCCGAGGUCUCGUCAGAGCCUCGCUCGGAGAACCUGUCGAACAAAAUCCCGGUUCCCAAUACUGAAAACGCCCAAGCAGACAGUCCCGUCACCAAGCCGCUCCCGGGAGUAAAGACCAGCGUCGAGGAUGCUCUCAACAGCGGACUGCAGCUGAGGCUGGGAAGUAUGUCACCAAUUGCUCCUAGUACACCUAUCUCUACACAAAAUGCAGACGCCGCCUUGUCUCCUAGUGGGUACAGCGAUAAAGAGAAUAUCGGCUCUCCAAUUAGCUCUCCGGGGGAUAUAAGCCCCUCUUCAAGCCCAUCUUCGAGUAGGCCUCCCGUCCCGCCUAAGCCGAGCUCAUCGCCGUCGCCCUUGUCAUCCUCUUCUUCAACACCUGUGACGAGGCCGCAAUGGGCUCAGCCGCCACGGUAUUCAUCACCUUCUUCUCCGUCACCUCUUAGGACGAGUUUCAGAGAAAAUCUGAUGGACAAACCUGCCACGCCUCCUCAGAAACCCAUCCCCGGUGUGAUGGUCGCGAACUCUUCGCCUCAAUCCAAGGCUCUCCCUUCUCCACCAGUCCCUGCCAAGCGAUCUGAUAUCUCCCUUGACAAGCCCAUGGACCCGCACAGACUCUCCCGGAAGAUGUCUGCUCCGUCGCUAGUUGCCCAAGCGGCGGAGGCGCGGGAAGUCAUUGCAGGUUUCUUCAAGGCUUUCCCUAAUCCGCGCGACCGGAUGAACAUCGACCCGCAGCUGGUGCUGACAAGCAAACUUGACGCGGCAAGGAUUCGCACUGUGAAGCGCUGUAUCUGGGAGCUAACCGGCGAUGGAAAGCGACAAGAACUCCCUGUCAACCAGGAGUAUGUGCUGUACGAAGGCAGCAUGUACCUGUGCGUGCAUCAGUUUGAGGCACAGGGGAGCAACAGCGUCGAAGUGUACCUCUGGUGCGGAGACGAUGUUUCGGAAGCGGCAUUGGAAGAUGCACAAGUCUUUGCUCGUAAGGUGGGCCGCGAGAACAGCUGCAAGCUGGUCAUUGUCCGGCAAGGCAAGGAACCCGUGCGGUUCAUUCAAGCCCUCGGUGGGAUCAUCAUCACUCGCCGUGGAUCCAGUUCUCGCUCCAAUUCAUCCGCCUUGUACAUGCUCUGCGGCCGAAAGCAUAUGGGCCAAAUGGCUUUGGAUGAAGUCGACUAUUCGCUACGCAAUCUGUGCUCGGGGUUCCCGUUUGUGAUCUCUGCGCCCUUUGGCAAACUGUAUCUCUGGAAAGGAAGGGGCAGCGGUCCCGAGGAAACUGGCGCGGCCCGGCUGAUCAGCAUGGAUCUCGGCCUCACGGGCGAAUUUGAAGAGGUUGACGAGGGCCAAGAACCAGAAUACUUCUUCGAAGACUUUGCGGGCGCCCGCGAGGGUAAUCGUCUUUUGUCCUCGGAUUACUGGCGACUGAAGCCAAAGUAUGAUCACUUCCGCACUCGGCUCCUCCGUGUCGACCAUGAAUUGGGCCAGCCAACCCGCUUCUGGAUGCGCCGUCCUGGCUCAGGAUCACCGGUGGUGCGGCCAAAUGACACCGUCCAAGAGAUCGAGCCUUUCUGCUACAAAGACGUGACCGAGAAGGAUGUCUAUGUCCUAGACACCUUCUUUGAAAUCUACAUUAUCGUUGGCGAACAAGCUUCCCAAAAAUCAGCCGACUUCGCCUCCGCCGUUGUUUUUGCCCACGAGUACGGUAUCCUCGCCGCAUCACUCCAAGACCGCCCGUUUAUCCCCAAGAGUUUCGUCGCGCUGGGUGGUAUCCCCGACCGAUGCCAAAGCGCAUUCCGCAAAUGGGAUUCUCAUUCUCUGCACGCGCCCUGCGUGUUCCCUCUCGACGUGGCGAUCGAAGCUAUCCGGUCGCCAGAGAGAGAUUAA